AUCUAACGUCUUUUCGUUCACAAAUUGCGCAUCGAAUAACUCAGUAAAUCAAAGAAAUUACAGUAAAAGCGUAGCAAAUAUUAGUUUUCUUAUUUAAAUAUUCGUUAACGUAGUGAAAAGGGGGACAUUUUGAGUGGUAACCAUGACAACAGAGACUGGGUCCCUUCCGUCACACACUGUCAUGGACGGGCGCCAUCUUUGUUCAGGGAUCACAAUACACAUCUCAGUCAUUAGCACGGAUUUCCUCCAUAAACACAUAAAUAUAGCUCAUAUAAAUAAUUGUAUAGCUUUCAAUUAACAUCGAAAUCAUGAAUGAAGUUUAGACUCGUUUCAUUUUUAGCUUGAAAUGAUAUUUAUGUGAACAAAUACACAGAAUAAGCACAAACACAUCUGUAAUGAAACAAUCAUGAAUACAGCCUAAUAACCAAGUGCUGCAAUUCCACAUUUAUGAUCUUUAUACUGAAAUCGCCAAACAGACGAGCACUAAUCCUGAAGCUAAACCCCAGCUCUCAUUUCUCUCACGAUGCGUUUGACAUUUUAUUUAUUUAUUUAUUUAUUUGUUUAUUUUUACUCAGGCGUUCUGACAGCCCGUCUUACCUGCGUCACUUCCGGGGUCCUACCAGCGAGCAGCCUGACCGACGCGCUAAAAUCUUGAAGCUUGUGGUGUGAAGUUAGCUAGCUAAUGCUGUUCAAAACAAUUAAUUAAUAAAUUAUUUGGAUUUAUUUGGGAUUUUAUUUUCUUUUUUUGUAAAUGGAGGAAUUAGAUGUGGAGCCGACAACCACGCUGAUCCCAGGCGCAGGCCUUAAACAGAAGCACCUGGGCUUUGAGUGGGGUCCAGGAGACCUGCUGGUGUACGAGACCAACUUUAAAUUACAAGGUCCUGGGUCUGGAGGCUCCGGUUGUCCCUUUGUCCAUGUGGUGCGCAGAGAUGAGGACAUCUACUCGCCCAUCCUGCGCAAGCUCUUCAACGAGUCUCAUCACAUCUUCGUCGGGCUGCAGAACAUUAAAGAUGACGUUCCGAGCAAGAACAAGAAACCACAGUUUGUGAGCAUCAGUAAGAACUACAGGUCUGUAAUACGAGCCUGUAUGGAGGAACUGCAGCAGGUCGCAGUAUCAACUAAAGACACGCAGUACAGCAACCAGGUGUCCAUUCUCUUAGCAAUUGAGCUCAUCUGGAAUCUGUGUGAGGUGCUUUUCAUCGACGCAGCACCAGCCGGCUCUCUGCUGCUGCACCUGCUGGACUGGGUGCGUUUACACAAAGCUGAUGUGGAUGAAAAAGCGCGCGAGGUCCUGCAGAGCGAAAGCCCCACACGUCAUCACGCUUACUGGGACGUGGUGAUGAGUUUCGUCCUGCAGGGCCGUAUGGACGAGGCUCGGCAGGUUCUGCAGAAACAGGCGUCUCUACAGCCAGCGUCCAGAACCGCGUAUCAGCUCAUGGACAACCUGCUGCACAAAAUGCCUGUGUUUAAUCCCGGCGGCACUCAGACCCUCACAGAGUUUGAUGUGAAGUGGAGGCACUGGCACGAGGAGUGUGACCGCUGUCUCCAAGACAACUCCUUCGCUAGCAACCGUCACCUGGAGACCAUCUGCAAGGUCCUGGUUGGUGAUGAAGACGCUCUGUUGGAGCAGAAAGAGCUGCUGGGAACCUGGUACCAUUUACUGAUCAGCCGUCUGCUGUUCUCUCAUCCUACUGUGAAACCCGCCGAGCUGCACUACUACGCUCAGUCGAGUAUGGACAUGUUCCUGGAGUCUCACAGCGCUCCGGAGCCUCUGGACAGCAUCUUACUGGCUGCGUUUGAGUUCGACCUUCACCAAGUUAUUAAAGACUGCAGCAUUGCCCUGAAUAACUGGUGGUUUGUGGCUCACCUGACUGACCUGCUGGAUCACUGCAAACUCCUGCAGUCGCACAACCUCCAUUUUGGCUCUAACCUGAGGGAGUUCCUGGUGCUGGAGUACGCCUCUGGACUCUUCUCUCAUCACAGUCUGUGGCAGCUAGCGGUGGAUUAUUUCGAUCACUGCCCCGAGUUCGGCCGUGUUUAUCUGGAGCUGCAGAUGGAGAGAGUGCCGCUGGAGACGGAGCGCAAAGCGCUGAAGGUGCUCAGGAUCUGUGAACAGAGACAGAUGAACGAGCAAGUGCGCAGUAUCUGUAAGAUCAUGGCUAAAAGGGCUCUCAGUAAUAACAGACUGGGUUCUGCUCUCUCCUGGAGUAUCAGAGCUAAAGACGCAGCCUUCGCCACACUCAUCUCUGAGAGGUUUCUGCAGGAUUACUGCACACGCGGCUCGUUCUCUGAUCUGGAUCUGAUCGAUAACCUCGGACCUGCCAUGCUCCUCAGCGACAGACUCACAUUCCUCGGGAAGUACCGUGAGUUCCACCGGCUGUACGGAGAGAAGAAGUUCACAGAGGCAGCGAAGCUCCUGCUCUCCCUCAUGACAGCAAAGAUCGCUCCUCACAGCUUCUGGAUGACUCUGCUCAUAGACGCCCUGCCCUUACUGGAGCAAAAAGAGGUGAUCUUUUCAGUGGAUCAGACCCAUGAACUCAUGUUCUGUCUGGAAGAGCUGACCUCUGACAACAGCAAGCUCGAACCAGAGCGUCUAGCACAGGAUGAUGAUGUCGAGUCCACAAAGCUGGAGCUGCUGCGAUUGGCUCUGGUGCGUAACCUGGCGAUGGCCAUCGUGAAGGAGGGAACAGUCGAGGCCUAAACACACACACACUCUCACACACUCCAGGUUCAUUAAUUC